AUGGCCCAGAUUAAAUGGGCAGAUUUUGAUAUUAAAAUUUGGAAUUGGCAGCAGGCUAUGGAGGAUGGCUGGAUUCCCGGCGAAAAACUUUUCCCCAUCGAAGAAGCCAUCAACUGCGGCACGAUCAUCAUGAACCUUCUCUCUGAUGCUGCACAAUCACAAACGUGGCCUACCCACCUCUGA